AUGGCGUCUGCUGAUGAUAACACAAUUGUGGCAGAAAAGUCUGCUAUCAAUCAUGUCGAAGAUACCCUGGGCCACGGCGCCAUCAAUGAGGCCAAGCAGGCUACCGACGAUGAGCAUUCGCAAACUCUGAUGCAGGCCUUGCGGGAAAACCGCAAGGCUGUUAUUUGGUCUGUUUUGGUCUCGAUGACCAUUAUCAUGGAGGGAUACGAUACCAUCUUGAUGGGCAACUUCUUCGCCUACCCCACGUUCAAUCAAAAGUAUGGAGAGUGGUAUGGUGAGGAGAUCGGAUACCAGGUGUCUGCACCUUGGCAGACGGGCCUGAGCAUGGCCAGUACAGUUGGAUGUAUCUUCGGUGGUAUCUUGAACGGAUACUGUGCUUCCAAGUACGGUUACCGAAUCGUUAUGGUCGUAGCCCUUGGAGCCCUUACAGCCUUGAUCUUCAUCACAUUCUUCGCCAACUCCGCAGGCGUUCUCCUGGCCGGCCAGGUCCUUUGUGGACUCUCAUGGGGAGUUUUCGCCACUGUCGGACCUGCCUACGCAUCCGAGGUUUGCCCCACUGUUCUGCGUGGCUACCUGACCAUCUACGUCAACUUGUGCUGGGCCAUCGGCCAGCUGAUCGCCUCCGGUGUCCUAUACGGACUCGUUGAUCGCACAGACCAAUGGGGCUACCGUAUUCCCUUCGCCCUGCAGUGGAUUUGGCCCGUUCCUUUGAUGAUUGUUGCUUGGCUCGCUCCCGAGAGUCCCUGGUGGCUCGUCCGCCAGGAUCGUCUGGACGACGCGAAGCACAGCAUCCGCCGUUUGGGCGGCGACAAGACCGAAGACCAGAUCAACGGACAACUCGCGAUGAUGGUGCACACGAUCAAGCUUGAAGCCGAGGUCGAAGCUGGCACCACCUACUGGGACUGCUUCAAGGGCGUUGACCUGCGCCGUACCGAGAUCUGCUGUAUGGCCUUCGUCGGCCAGAUUCUCUCCGGAUCUACAUUCGCCUACUCGCCUACCUACUUCUUCACCAACGCCGGUCUCCCCGUCACUCGCUCCUUCCAGCUCGGUGUUGGAUGCACUGCCAUUGCUUUCGUCGGAACCUGUUUCUCAUGGUGGUUGAUUACCGGAUUCGGCCGUCGCACGCUUUAUGUCUACGGCCAGGGUAUCCUCUGUACGAUUCUCUUCAUCAUCGGUAUCCUCGACGUCUCCUCCAACGCAAACGGCAUCAUGUGGGCACAAGCCGGACUCUGCAUGACCUGGCUCUUGGUCUAUUCCCUGACCGUCGGACCGAUCGCAUACGCUAUUGUCUCAGAGACAUCCUCCAUCCGUCUGCGCCCACUGACUGUCUGCAUCGCGCGCACAGCAUACCAAAUCAUCAACGUCGUCUCACAGGUUCUGGAGCCUUACUUCAUGAACCCUACCGCGUGGAACGCCUCCGGCAAGACUGGAUUCUUCUGGGGUGCCACCGCCCUCGUUGCCUUCCUCUGGGCCUUCUUCCGUCUCCCUGAGGGCAAGGACCGCACCUACGCUGAGCUGGACAUUCUGUUUGCCCGCAAGGUCAGUGCGCGCAAGUUCUCAUCGACUGUUGUCGAUGCCUAUGCAGUUGGCGUUCAUGAGUCCCAGGAGGGUCUUGUGAGCGAGAAGGUCGAGCAGACCAAGCAGUGA